CACACCCUGCAGCUCCACACCGCUCUGAAACACGCACUCGAUCUAGGCAUCGAGGGAGCCAAGAAGAUGCUGGGCGUGGGCGGUCUGAUCGACAACCUGACGGGGGCGAACAAGAAUGGGCGGCUCAAGGGCACGGUGGUGCUGAUGCGCAAGAACGUGCUGGACCUCAACGACUUCGGCGCCGCCAUCCUCGACGGCCUCACCGAGUUCCUCGGCAAGGGGAUCACCUGCCAGCUCGUCAGCUCCACUGCCGUCGACAACAACAACGGCGGCCGGGGCAAGGUGGGCGCGGAGGCGGAGCUGGAGCAGUGGCUGACGAGCAGCCUGCCGUCGGUGACCACGGGGGAGUCCAAGUUCGGGCUGACCUUCGACAACUGGGAUGUGUCGAAGCUGGGCGUCCCCGGCGCCAUCGUCGUCAACAACUACCACGACAACGAGUUCUUCCUCAAGACCAUCACCCUCGACGACGUCCCGGGGCGGGGGAAGCUCACCUUCGUCGCCAACUCAUGGGUCUACCCCGCCGCCAAGUACAGCUACAGCCGCGUCUUCUUCGCCAACGACACAUACCUGCCGAGCCAGAUGCCGCCGGCGCUGAAACCGUACCGUGAUGACGAGCUGCGCAACCUGAGGGGCGACGACCAGCAGGGCCCCUACCAGGAGCACGACCGCGUGUACCGCUACGACGUCUACAACGACCUCGGCGAGGACCGCCCCAUCCUCGGCGGCACUGCGGACCACCCUUACCCUCGUCGCGGCCGCACUGGCCGCAAGCCCAAUACCAACGACCCCAGCCUGGAGAGCAGGCUGUCGCUGCUGGACCAGAUCUACGUGCCGCGUGACGAGAAGUUUGGGCACCUCAAGAUGUCAGAUUUCCUGGGGUACUCCAUCAAGGCCAUAACGCAGGGCAUCAUACCGGCGGUGCGCACGUACGUGGACACCACACCUGGCGAGUUCGACUCGUUCCAGGACAUCAUUAACCUCUACGAGGGCGGCAUCAAGCUGCCCAAGAUCGCCGCCCUGGAGGAAAUGCGAAAGAACUUCCCGCUCCAGCUCAUGAAGGACCUCAUCCCCGUUGGCGGCGACUCCCUCCUCAAGCUCCCGCUCCCACACAUCAUCAUGGAGGACAAGCAGGCGUGGAGGACUGACGAAGAGUUCGCACGGGAGGUGCUCGCCGGCGUCAAUCCGGUCAUGAUCACACGUCUCACGGAGUUCCCACCGAAAAGUACUCUGGACCCUAGCAAGUACGGCGACCACACCAGCACCAUCACGGCAGCGCACAUCGAGAAGAACCUCGAGGGCCUCACCGUCCAGAAGGCUCUGGAAAGCAACAAGCUCUACAUCCUGGAUCACCACGACCGGUUCAUGCCGUUUCUGAUCGACGUCAACAACCUGGAUGGCAACUUCAUCUACGCCACCAGGACCCUCUUCUUCCUGCGCAGCGACGGCAGGCUCACACCUCUCGCCAUUGAGCUGAGCGAGCCUUUCAUCCAGGGUGGCCUGACCACCGCCAAGAGCAAGGUCUACACGCCGGUGCCCAGCGGCUGCGUCGAAGGCUGGGUGUGGGAGCUGGCCAAGGCCUACGUGGCUGUCGGCGACUCCGGGUGGCACCAGCUCGUCAGCCACUGGCUGAACACGCACGCAGUGAUGGAGCCGUUCGUGAUCUCGACGAACCGGCACCUCAGCGUGACGCACCCGGUGCACAAGCUGCUGAGCCCGCACUACCGCGACACCAUGACCAUCAACGCGCUGGCGCGGCAGACGCUCAUCAACGCCGGCGGCAUCUUCGAGAUGACCGUCUUCCCGGGCAAGUUCGCUCUGGGCAUGUCAUCGGUCGUUUACAAGAACUGGAACUUCACUGAGCAGGGCCUCCCUGAUGACCUCGUCAAGAGGGGCGUGGCUGUGGCCGACCCGUCCAGCCCGUACAAGGUGCGGCUGCUGAUCCAGGACUACCCGUAUGCAGCGGACGGGCUGGCCAUCUGGCACGCCAUCGAGCAGUACGUGGACGAGUACCUGGCCAUCUACUACCCAGACGAUGGCGUGCUCCAGGGAGACGUGGAGCUGCAGGCGUGGUGGAAGGAGACGCGUGAGGUCGGGCACGGUGACCUCAAGGACGCUCCAUGGUGGCCCAAGAUGCAGUCCGUGACCGAGCUGGCAAAAUCAUGCACCACCAUCAUCUGGAUCGCGUCUGCGCUGCACGCCGCCGUCAACUUCGGGCAGUACCCGUACGCGGGGUACCUCCCGAACCGGCCGACGGUGAGCCGCCGCCGCAUGCCGGAGCCUGGCACCGAUGAGUACGCCGAGCUUGGGCGCGACCCGGAGAGAGCCUUUAUCCACACCAUCACCAGCCAGAUCCAGACCAUCAUCGGGAUAUCGCUUCUGGAGGUGCUGUCCAAGCACUCCUCCGACGAGCUCUACCUCGGCCAGCGCGACACGCCGGAGUGGACCUCCGACCCCAAGGCGCUGGCGGUGUUCAAGCGGUUCAGUGACCGGCUGGUGGAGAUCGAGAGCAAGGUGGUGGGCAAGAACGACGACCCGCAGCUCAAGAACCGCAACGGCCCGGCCAAGCUCCCCUACAUGCUGCUCUACCCCAACACCUCUGACCGCAAGGGCGACGCCGCCGGCCUCACCGCCAAGGGCAUCCCCAACAGCAUCUCCAUCUGAGCAUCUCGCUGCUGCAAAUAAGCCAAGCGCCAACCAUGGCACGGCCGUUCAGCUAGCAUUCGCUACUAGUAGCACGUACCUAGUAGGAAUAAAGAUUGUACAACUGGUUUUGCACGAACAGGAGCGUGCUUAGACUGUUAUUGUGUGACACUUCGUAACGGUGUGAGCUCGUGUGAACGAUUGAUCGAUGCCAGUAAAUAAAGCAGACCGUUUGCUCA